GUGAACGAAAGUUGAUGAACGAAGAGUAGAAGUAAGGAAGAAGUGUGGUUAUUUAGUUAAACGCAAAUAUUUUCGCUUAAACAAAAAAAAUUACACCAUAUUUUAAGUUCGCGCCCUGCAAGGAAUGUAAGAUAAUAUUCAAAGAAAAUACAACCAAUAAAGAGAGUAUACAAAAAACGGUAAAAUAAAGGAGGACAGAAACAGUUCAACGCAACAAAAAGGGCGCCCCAAUUUCACCGACUUCAGGCUGAGUUAUUGGCUUCUUUAACGUCUAGACUCUAGAGUCUUCAGCGGGAUUUCAAUUGCAACAACAUUGGGGAAAAGUAGUUAGCGAGAAAGCGGAAGUAUUACUGCUAUACAAAAUUAGUUGUAUCGGUUACCUGACAUUACCAGCAGUGGAUACGGAAAGAUUUUGCAGCAGCAACAUCGUCAAUAGUGGCAACAACAGCAGUGAUUGCAAUCAGGUCUUGAUAGGACGCGGUGGCUAGCGCGGAAGUACUGAAACAUUGGGUAAAAGUAAAUGCAGGCAGGUAGACGCUUAUCAUCAGGCGGUUAUUAUGAAAGGAAACUUGUACAAAAUGUCUCGUAAUAAGGAGAAAUACGAGACUACAAACAGACGACAACAGAUUUUUAUGUCAGCAGAAGAUGUGGCUGCUGGUAAAAAAUCCUCAUGGACUGGCAUUGAGAUAACAGCAAAAUGCUGUGUACGCAAUAUUAGUCCCUCAUUGUGGGAAUUUGAACAUUUAACAGCAUUGUAUCUCAAUGACAACCAGCUGUUACGUUUGCCCGGCGACAUUGGUUUGCUAAGCAAUUUGCGCACAUUGGAUCUAUCAAGUAAUAAGUUGCGCAGUUUACCUGCAGAGUUGGGCGAGUUAAUACAGUUGAGAGAACUUCUGUUGAACAACAAUUACUUGCGAGUUCUGCCCUAUGAAAUUGGAAAACUCUUUCAUUUGCACGUCCUAGGAUUAAUGGGAAAUCCAUUACAAAAAGAGUUUCUAUCCAUUUAUAACGAACCAAAUGGCACUCAAAAACUGCUAACAUUUAUGUUGGACAAUUUAUCAGUUUCAGUAACCCCUCCGCCCCAACGUCCAUGGAUACCAUUAGCUAAACCGAACAAAUCGAGGCCAGCAUGCAUCUUUACAGUUAUGUGUUAUAAUGUUUUGUGCGACAAAUAUGCCACACGACAGAUGUACGGAUACUGUCCAUCAUGGGCCUUGAGUUGGGAGUACAGAAAAAAGGCGAUACUUGACGAAAUCCGUCACUAUUCGGCGGAUAUAAUUAGUCUGCAAGAAAUCGAAACAGAACAGUUUUAUAAUUUCUUUCUGCUUGAACUGAAGGCCGAUGGUUAUGAGGGUAUUUUCUCGCCGAAAUCCCGUGCCAAGACUAUGUCAGAGAUGGAACGUAAAUUUGUGGACGGCUGCGCUAUUUUCUUUAGAGCUGCAAAAUUCACAUUGAUUAAGGAACAUUUAAUCGAAUUCAAUCAAUUGGCAAUGGCUAAUGCUGAGGGCUCGGACAAUAUGUUGAAUCGCGUAAUGCCGAAAGACAAUAUCGGUUUGGCAGCAUUGCUGAAAGUGAAGGAAAAUGCUUGGGAUCCAAUGACGGAGGUGACACAAAUCUCCCAGCCCUUACUUGUUUGCACUGCACACAUUCACUGGGAUCCCGAAUUCUGCGAUGUCAAACUUAUCCAAACGAUGAUGUUGAGCAAUGAACUUAAGACUAUUAUCGAUGAGGCGAGCCACAGCUUCAGACCCGGUCAUAAAAAUGACUCGAAUAGCGUACAAUUAUUGUUGUGUGGUGAUUUCAAUUCCUUACCCGAUUCCGGUGUUAUCGAAUUUCUCGGCAAGGGACGUGUAGCAAUGGACCAUCAAGAUUUCAAGGACAUGGGCUAUAAAUUAUGCCUGCAACGCUUACUCUCGAAUGACACCAGCGAGUUUACGCAUUCCUUCAAAUUGGCCUCCGCCUACAGUGAAGACAUAAUGCCGCACACGAACUACACGUUCGACUUUAAGGGCAUCAUCGAUUAUAUAUUCUAUACUAAAACAGGUAUGGUGCCGCUCGGUUUAUUGGGUCCCAUUUCGAAUGAAUGGCUGCGUGAGAAUAAAGUUGUUGGCUGCCCGCAUCCCCACAUACCCUCGGAUCAUUUUCCGCUGUUGGUCGAGUUGGAACUGAUGCAUACGGCGGGACAACAAGCACCGCCCAAUGGACUGAUUAAUCGACGGUAGCAAUAAAAGGUUGACAGCCAAAUCAGACAACAACAACAACAACAGCAACAAACAUAAAUGUAAUGUAGUUGUUGUAAGAAUAGCAGGACAGUUUAGCGUCUGCUAAUCGCCGCAUAAAGACCACAAACAAACAAAAAAAAUAUACAAACAAUAAAACAUAAAUAAGUAGAUAAAAACAACAACAAAAACAUAAAGCAAGAAAUCGUCUUUCAUACACAUGCGUAGUGACCGAAAUGGCAGUACUUCAUACGCAUACAUACUCACGAUUUCUCAUUCAUACAUACAAACAUCCACCACUCAUUCACUAUGUCAAAACAACAACAAUAACAUUGUACGAAAAUACAUCCUUUAGUUCAACAACAACAACAACUGCAGAGAAAAUGUUAAAAGGCCACCAACAACAAGGAGAAUAUCAACAUCAUAUAUGAACCAUAUAUCUAUGAAACCACAAAAUAAACACCAACAAAAUUUGCAUACAUUUUAAGUUUGUAAAGCAAGUAAAUAUGUAGUACUAUAAUGUUCCUCACAUCUACCCAUUCUCUUAUUAUCCCCAAAGAAGUGUUGCUAUGUCUUUCCACCUCCUCCAACCACCGACUGAUAUAUUCCCUUUCGUAUAAUCCAUUUUCUCAAUUGCAGCGAUGCAUGUAAGCCCAUUAUAUGUAUAGUAUGUAUGUGUGUUAUAGCAGCUGGCUGAACCGUUGGAUACCCAUUUUUGCUUUUGAUUUACUUAAUUUAGUAGCUUAACAAGCUCGACACAUCUUGCAAUCAAAUGCGAUGUGCGUACUUCAUUACACCUUUCUUCAUUUAACAUAAUAUCUUCUAUCAAUUAGCUUCGUUCAAUGCAACAAAAAGUUUUUAAAUAUUUACUAUAUUUUGAUGAGUAUUUCUUAAUUGCAAAGUAAAUGCGUAGUGAGUUUGUAAUUUUCGUUUUUAAUGCAAAUCCGGUUUAUUAUUAGUAUUCAUUCUGAACUUAUUUGUUAAAUAUUUCUAAUUUCUUCUGUAAUAGAAAAUUUAAAUUGAUAUCAUCGUAUAUUUAAACAAAAAUUAUAUUUCAUUUAUAUUUCGCUUUAAAGUGCUAUCUUAUUUAGCUAUUUCUUUCGUGGGUAUAACUAACUCUAAAUUUCUCCUCCAGCUUUUGAACGUUUAACACGCUUGCCUGCUGCUAAUGGCAUACAGCUUGGACUCCAUACACUUUCUCUUCAAUAGUCCGUCCUAUCAUUCUGCCGUGGAACUUUGAAAAUCACUUGAAAAAAAAAGAAAAAAGUAAGGGAGUUGGUUUUCGAAGUUCCACCUUGUAUGUUACUCUGUCCCUAUCUCUGUUACUGCCUCAUGGUUUAAAUUUAAAAAAAAACUUGACUUAUGAUCGAUCCUCUUCAUCGUUUAUGCAAAAACAUAUUUUUAAUUGAGUAUAAUUUUAA